UUUCACUAAUGAUUCUGAUGCAUGCAAGCAUCACAUAAUUUGACACCAAUUGGGUAUCACGUGACCAUUACCGAGAAAUCCCAGCAUCCACUGCGGUUGUAGCCUGCAAGGGCAGAGUCAACACAGCAGAUAAUAUUGUUUAGAACGAUGCGGACGCACAUCUCGUUGCUUUUACUGGUCUUUGCUCUUUGUGAGUUGACAAAUCUAGCAACCGGAAACUGUCUCAAUUAUUGCGAUAACAAGAACACCGGAUACGGAACUAGGCCCUGUACUAAAACACUAACUGAGACGGGAUAUUUCACGCGCAAAUGUGGAUUUAUGUGGGGAAAACGAUGUGUCACAGGAUAUUUUACAAAGUAUAAGUCUGGAUACGGCUGUUGUCAAAGAACAUGCCCCGUGGACGCUGGAUGGGGGAGCUGGAGCAGCUGGUCUCGGUACUCGUCUUGCUCUGUAACCUGUGGGGCGGGAUCAGAGCGAUACAAGAGGAAACGUUAUUGCAAUAACCCAGUAGCCAAAAAUGGCGGGAGAUCCUGUUCCGGUCAGCGUUAUAGUGACGAAUACAGAAACUGCUACAGAUCUAAGUGUCCAAUAAAUGGUGGCUGGUCUUCCUGGAAACCUUGGCAGUCUGCCAGCGCGUGCUCUGUGACGUGUGGAACGGGCACCAAACGUUUUACAUCGACAAGAAGUUGCAACAACCCGAAACCACAAUAUGGAGGGAGAGGUUGCAGUGGGUUAACUAGAAAGUACGAAACUAGAAGAUGCUCUACAAACAGAGGCUGUCCAGUGGAUGGAGGCUGGGGAAAUUGGACUCGGGCGUCUGCCUCCACCCCGUGCUCUGUUACCUGUGGGGUGGGGAUACAGGUGUACGAGAAACAGAGAAGCUGCAAUAGACCCACCCCAAAACAUGGCGGGAAAGACUGCCGCGGUGUAGCCACACAGAAAACUAAGAAAACAUGCAGUUCUAAUGUCGCCUGUCCUGAAAAAGGUUCUAUACGUUGUCUCGCGAGGAAAUGUAGCGAGUACGGCAACUGUGGAUGUAGCUUUGGUUUCUAUGGAGAUGGAUUUACAUGCACAGGCAGCCGUGGGCGCCAGUUCUUGGUGCUAUUCAUGGAGAACGCCAUCGACUAUUACAGCAAGGACCGUCACUUCUCCAAAAUACACAUCGCCAGUAGAAAGAACACAACCGUAACCAUUAAAACCUCAAAAUCCCUCUCUCCCAAGCUGAAAGAAAAAAUGAACAAGUCUUUUCAAAUUCAGAACGGUCAGACGGAAAUGGAUGUUCCUAUAGCGAUGAGAACGCUUGAUUUUAAGACUGAGCACAAGGGAAUAAUGGUGGAAACUUCCGAGACUGUAUCUCUGUUUGCGAUGAGCUUUGAUGGGUACUCCUCUGAUAGCAGCUUGAUUCUUCCUGUGGAGAGACUUGGACGUCGGUACAUCGUGGGGUCGUCUGCUCCUUACAGUCCGGAUAUAUCUGAUUACAACAGCCAGGUGGCGUUCGUGGCGGCAGAGGACAACACAGUGGUGACAGUCACGUUUAAUAUAGCAGACGGACGCGUGCUAGUUUUCAACAACAAGAGAUACCAAACUGGACACAAGAUGGAGUUUGAUAUGAAACAGAUGGAAGACUUCCAAAUCUCGCAUAACCGAGAUCUAACAGGUACUGUCAUCGAGUCAUCCAAACCCAUAGCGGUUUUUGCCGGAAACAAGUGUAACAAACUGAAACGAUUCGGGUACUGCAGCCAUCUUGUCGAACAGCUUCCUCCGACGAGCAAUCUGGACAAGACAUUUAUUGUCGCGCCCAGUCUGAGAAGAACAGGUGGAAUGGUGCGAGUAGUCGCCAACUCCAAGACUUAUCUCCAGGUCAUAGUUAAUGGUACCACUAAACGGGCGACAGUGGAGAAGACCCGCCAUUAUGACGUAGCAGUAAACGAUAACAGCGUCACCGUCAUCAAAGCCAACGCCGGCGUGCUUGUUCUAAGUUUCGCUGUCCGCCUCGGUAGACGGACGGCCGGCGAUCCGUAUAUGACGCUUAUUCCGGGGUUGGAACAAUACAUUAACCAAUACUAUAUUGCUGUUCCAAAGGGAUACAAUGAAAAUUUCUUGACGGUUAUCAUUCCAUCAGAGGCAAAGAGUUCACUGCGAUUGAACAGCAAACCGGUUCCGUCUGGUUCUGUUGUAUCGGAAGCUUCCGUUAACGUCACAGCGGAAGCGAAGUACGUUACCAUGGUGAUUGAAGUAGCUGGAGGGGCUCAUCAAGUUGAAACCACAGACGGAACGAGAUUUGGUUUGUUGAUUCAUGGUCGCGGCCGAGACGACGGGUAUGGUUAUGCCGCGAACAUGGUUAGUCCAGGGAUAAUCUAACCUUUGUGCUUUUCGAAUUUUGAUUAAAUUCUGAUUAAAUUCUGAUAAAAACUGAG